AAUUCCAGAUUGUAGGGUUUCUGGCUGGAAGCAUGCUACGAUCGCCGAUCACGGUCGUUCUAGUUUCCGUGCUGCUGAUCUUCUCGAUUCCUGCGGAGAGCAAGGAUCUCUACAAGAUUCUCGGCGUGGACAAGAAUGCUGAUCAGCGCGCAAUCAAGAAGGCUUACCACAAGCUCUCGCUCCAAUAUCACCCGGACAAGAACAAGGCGAAGAACGCGCAAGACAAAUUCUCCGAGAUAAGCAAUGCUUACGAGAUUCUUAGUGACGAGAAGAAGCGCAAGGAGUAUGAUCUCUAUGGAGAGUCACCGCCGGGAGGAGGUUUUGGCGGCGGCGGCGGCGGCGGCGGUGGCUUCGGCGGUGGCGGUGGUGAUCCUUUCCAGAGAGAUUUUCAACAACAACAGCACCAGUAUGGCAAUGCUCAGCAUGAAUACCAGCAGCGCUAUACGUUCCACUCCGAUGGACCGAAUGGAUUCAGUUUUGACGGCUUUAACUUUGGUGGCUUUGGGAGCUACAUGGACGACAUGUUUGGGGGAUUUUUUAAGAACUCGAAUCCGGGCCCCGAGUUUGGAUCGCAGCUACAGCAGUUAAGUUCGGCAGAGUUCACGAGACAAGUCCUCAAUGACUCGGAAACCUGGCUGCUGCUCUUCGUUUCAUCAACAGCGCUCGACCAAAGAACUCGUAUCCUUGAAGAGUUUGCCAAGCACAUGAACGGGGUUAUCAAGGUAGGAAUCAUAAACUGCCAGAGUAACCAGCUCCUUUGCAAGCAACAGCGCGUUUCGGUACUCAAAGAGCCUAAACUUUACAUUUGUCCGUGGGUGCCAUCCAGGAAAAGAUCCUUGGUUGAGUACACGGGUGAUUGGAAAGUGAAGGCACUUGAGGCCUAUAGUGUGGAGUUCCUUCCCAGACUUUCGACAAGGAUAAUUGGGGAUGAGGAGGACAUUUUCGAGAAAGACGACAACCUUCCCAGAGCCGUGCUUUUGACGAAGAAAAAAGAGACCCCGGCAAUGUGGAGAGCCUUGAGCGGAAUCUUCCAUCAGCGCGUAGUAUUUUUCGAGAAAAAGGUACAGGAUAUAUCCGACACGCUGGCAAGAAAGUUCAAAGUGACAAAACUUCCGGCGGUGGUCGGUGUUCUGGCAAAUUCGGACGCAACCAUUCUAUCCCAAGGCCCGAACAUCAAACUAGAUGACUUGAAAGGGCUCCUCAAAGAUCUAGAGACCAAAAACAGACACGUUCGCAGGGAGAAACGCGAGACCAAGUCCAGUGACGGCCAUUCGAAGCUGACCAAGGAAAACUUCUCCAGAUUAUGCUCCGAAAGCGCACUUUGUGUCAUCGCGGUCACGAGAUCCAAAUCCGCAGAGGAGAAGGCGAAAAAGAUUCUGCUUGAGGUUUCUCGGAAGAACAUCCAGCCCGCUACUAGAUCUUCCUCGGUCGCUGUCUCGUACGUGUACGUGGACGGUGCUUCUCAGGCCAAAUUCGUGAAGGCAUUUGGAGACAAGAGGCUAGAGAAGCAAGAUCCGGCAUUGGUGGCUUUCAAGUUUCGAAAGAAGAGGUUUGCUACUCACACAGGCCCAUUCACGUCAGCUGCAAUCGAGAACUUUGUGAGCGAGGCUCUCAACGGCGAAGUGCAGUUCCAAAAUGUGAAGAAAGAGCCAUUGAUCUCCUGAGAAACUCGUCUUCUCGCGAAGAAUUGCACGCUAGCUUGUAAUCUCCUUUUUUCCUCUUCCAGGAUCGAUCAAGCACGCCGGUCAAGUAGAACGCAUCAAUCAACAGUCGAUUACAUAACGUGUACAAAGAAAAAUAUCCAAAAGUAGUGUACGGUAGAAGAAUAUGCAUUGAGAGGAUUAACUCCAGUUCCCAGAUUUUAAGCAAAAGUUUUUUUUCAAAGUUGACAUAAAUUCAAAGACGACGUGUUUUUCU